UUAAUGAAUUAAAAAUGUCGUGAAACAGCGGCCGGCUGAAUACUGGUGGGCUUAUAAAGAGAGGCAUGCAGGGGGGGUCCUGGAGGAGUGGACAGCGCAGGCUUCUUUAACUUCAGACACACACUGGACUCCCUCUCUGCUUCACGUGCAGGACGAAGAAGUGCAAACUGUGCUCAUCUGAUUACAUAAUGACCCAGUAACAGAGAGCCAGAACCGGUGCCACCAGUACCAGUGUGCUGGGAGACACUGACUGACCGCUGGCUCGUCCAGGCCUCUCCUCACGGCCGUUCCUGCUUUUCUUGUUUCCAGGGAGGUUUUCUUUUUUCUUUUAAAAUAAAGGAUGACGACAACGUAGAAGGACUACGAACGAAAAGCUAAGAGCAAACAAUGUGAUGUCACGGUGGGAGUGAUGUGAAACCUGUCGUCAACAAGGUCAAAUCCCUGACAUCACUUUACUUUUUGCACAAGACAGACGUGAAAAAAAGAAGCUUGAACGUGUUUCUUCACAUGUUUGCUGAUCGGUGAAAUGAUCUAAGUCUUCACGUUCCCCAGCUGCUCUUCAGAAAGUACCAGCCAUGACCUCAGCCACUCCCCCUUCCUCAGAGGGCUCCUCCCCCCAGAAAGUAUGCCACUCCCAGACGCAGACGGACAUCACCAAGCCCCUGCUGGGCUCCACAGGGGCGGCCGGAGGAGCUGGGGCGGGUGGAGAGGAACCAGGCGCUGUGGGGACCAGCGCUCUGCGAAGGAGGCGCCGUGUCCUCUCCAAAGACGGACGAAGCAACGUGCGUAUCGAGCACGUGAGCGGGAGAGGCGCACUGUACCUCCGCGACCUCUGGACAACCUUUCUCGACAUGCAGUGGCGCUACAAGUUCUUCCUCUUCUCUGCCACCUUCGCGGGGACCUGGUUCGUGUUUGGAGUGCUUUGGUACCUGGUGGCGCUGGUGCAUGGAGACCUGCUGGAGUUUGACCCCCCCUCCAACCACACCCCCUGUGUGAUGGAGGUGAAGACCCUGACCGGGGCUUUCCUCUUCUCCCUGGAGUCCCAGACCACUAUAGGCUAUGGUUUCCGGUGCAUCACAGAGGAGUGUCCUGCCGCCAUCGUCCUGCUCAUUUUUCAGCUGGUCAUCACCAUGGUGAUGGAGAUCUUCAUCACCGGCACCUUCCUUGCGAAGGUGGCUCGUCCCAAGAAAAGAGGCGAGACGGUGAAGUUCAGUCAACAUGCUGUCGUGUCUAAUCACGAGGGUCGUCCCUGCCUCAUGAUCCGAGUGGCCAACAUGCGCAAAAGCCUGCUGUUAGGUUGCCAGGUGACGGGGAAGUUGCUUCAGACGUCUCUGACAAAGGAGGGCGAGACGGUGCGGCUGGACCAGCGCAAUGUGCCUUUUCAGGUGGACACGUCCAGCGACAGCCCCUUCCUCAUCAUCCCGCUGACCUUCUACCACAUCAUCGACGACAACAGCCCUCUCAGAGCCUGGGCAGCAAAAGGUGGUGGCUGGACAGACCCGGAGCUCGCUGACUUUGAGCUGCUGGUGAUCCUGAGCGCCACCGUCGAGCCGACCUCCGCCACCUGCCAGGUUCGAACAUCCUACCUUCCCGACGAGAUCCUCUGGGGCUACGAGUUCCCCCCCGUCGUGUCCCUGUCCCCCUCGGGAAAGUACGUGGCUGAUUUUGCCUUCUUUGAAAAAGUGGCCAAAACCCAAUCCCCACUCUUCAUCAAGCCGGCCCUGCCGCCGAGCCUGCCGACGCAGGCGUCCCGUUGUCGCGGCAGCAAGGAGGACGGGACGGACCUGGAGAAGAUGAGACUAGAAGAGAGCUACAGGGGGGAGGAGAGGGGGCGCCCCAGAGAUAGCAGCCCACUGAGCGUGCGCAUUAGCAAUGUGUGAUGGAAAGUAGAUCUGAAACUGAGAUUCAAGCUGCUCAAGAGAAGAAGUGGUGAUCAAACACGUUGUGCCUCCGCAUAUUCAAAAUGUGGAGCCCACGGCAGGAAGUCAAGCACCUGGGCCACAAGUCUGCAGAGAAGAAACUGAAAGACGUCUGCACCCCACUUCUGAAUUUACAAAGCCACAUGUACAAAUGUACAACACAACAUCAACACAACUUUUUUAUCGUGGGUUUGUUUUUUGGAAAGGACUUGAUUUCCUGUCACUGAGGGAAACACUCCAAAGUCUCUUCACGCCUUUUCUGUGUGGAAUCUUUUGAAUUGUUUUACCACCACAUUCUAAUGGAAACCCUUUUCUACAUCAAUACAAAUUAAAUAAAAAACACAAAUGUUAAUUCCUUGAACAUUUUACUAAGUAGUUUUUAUUGGAAAUUCAUUUAAAUCAUCUCCCCCCACUUUAUUUGAACCAGUUUUAUAAAAUGACCCUAAAGAAACGAUCUCUGCAGUGAAGUCUCACGUCUCUUCACGGAAUCACAGUACUGUUUUUUUUAUUAAUUAAAAACCUGUAAAAGGUGGAGAAAAUACUGGAAGCGUAUUAUUUUUUUAACGACUGAUUUUAAAGGAAUGUAUCAUAUUUUAUGUGCGUAGUCGUUUCUAACACUUUUACAAGUUCCACCUGAACAUAUUGAGCUCUUUGAUAUGAACGUCCUUGUUUAUCGGGGUAAAGAUGUUUCGUAAUAUUACUAAAAAGCACUUUAACUUGAAAGAAAAGUGGCAUUUUACGCAAGAUGAGUAACUGAACUAACUUUGAAACUUAAUGCACUGUAUUGAAUUAUUAAACCUGUGGUUGUGCUCGGGGGGGCUGUGAGUGUGUGUUCGUGCUUUGUGAGCAUGAUAACACUCUUUGUAUGAACCUGUUUUAAAUUGAAAUCUUCCUCUGUACACGAUGUGAAGAAGUUCUUUUCCCCACGUUCUUUAUGUCCUGAAAACUUUAUUCUGAAUUUAAAUUUAAACCCCAUUAACUGUUAAUACGAGGCACAAUAUCAUUUCUGUCAAAUCUUUUUACUGCUGUACCUUUGUCACACAUGAGAAGUGUCAGCGACCCUUUUUCUCCUUCUACUGUGCAUGGAAAUAGUCAUUUGAAAAUUAAAUGAUGGUGCUAUGGUAAAUUAAUAGGUUAACACAAACAAUGACAUUUUUGGGGAAUCAUUUUUGAAGAGAUGAGGAGCAUCUGAGUUUCUUCUAUUUGUUUGUUUCACCGGCCAACAAAGCAUUUUAUUCAAAAACAACAUCAUAAUAUCGCCUGAUAUAUAAAUAUAAAAAAUAACUCUAACCCUAUAACAAAUAUAAAAAGCACCAAGUUUGAGUUUUCGAGGACGUUAAAGUGUUUUAUGUGCCACAUUUCAAAUGAAAAUCCUCUGCUGUUCCAUACAAGCCUGAUGAUAAAUAUUCAGCAUCAAUAUUGGCGGUGCUGGUUUCUACUGUAUCAGCUGCACUGCAAACUGUGGAUGUGUCCCUCUGAAUACUGGAAGCUCAUUGGUCCGACUGCUAAUGUACGUCUAAGUGCCUUCUUUAAUAAAACUGUUAUUUACAAUGUC